AUGGCCGGACACAGUUGUGAUAAGAAGGAAAGCAUUGUUACUUUUGUAGACAAGAAAAGAAAACUGUUUGACGCUGCGAAAAAGUCUCCAUGUCGCUCACCGGUAAAACAAGUGAAACAAGUAGUUCCUGUUUCUGUAAUUAGUCCUAUGAAAAAGAGCUGUUUUUCAGAUAUCGAACUUGAAACCCUACUUCACGCGUCGCUCUGUAAACGCCCAAAGUUUUCAGCAAAUGAUUCCUCUCAGCGAUCUCCCUUGAAGCCUGUCCAGUGGUCGAGAUCUGAAGAUUUUGAACGAAUAGGAAGUCUUGUGUAUGAAAAUGAAGUUGAUAGAGAAGACCCACAUCCUGAAGAGUUAAAUGCUGAUGAUGCAGCUUUAUUGAACCAGUGCCUUGACGAGCGUACUGAGCCGUUUGAAAAUACGCAGGUAUCAGAAGAGCAGCAGCCCUCAACUAAUGGUCUUGGGAAAGGAAACAGCAAUGAAGACGGUAAAAAACCAAAGAGGAGGAAAGCUCCCACAAAGCCUAAAGCUAACUACGUUCGUUUGAAUAUGAAGAAAAGAUGUUACGUUCGUGGGCAUGUUUCUGCUUCGUCAAAGAGAAAGAGAUGGCGUGGACUGCGGUUCAAGAAGUCCAAUAAAUAG